CUGUGUUUUGUGACCAACAAAAACUUUCUAAACUUAGAAUAUAUACAAGAACAGCUGCCUCUCUCUCUCUCUCUCUCUCUCUCUCUCUCUCUCUCUCUUCAGCUCUCUGUGAAUUUCGCUUCUGUACAAUCAAGCAGCAGUGUCUGUAUAUAUAGGAAUUAAUAACCUCCAGCAAAUGCUGCUAUCUCCUUAUUGUAACAAAGCUGCUGCAAAUUGUUCAUACAUCUUCUGAGCAGAAGAGGAAGAAGAAGAUAUGGAAAUAAUUUACCAGCCCUAUUUUGAUCCGGAGUUCGAAUACCUCAUUGAAAGAAUCUAUCCUCCAUGGGUUUGUAUCGAUAAUGACUCAUACAAAGAUUGCACGCUUGUGAAGGUUGACAGUGCAAACAAGCAUGGGAUUUUACUGGAAAUGGUCCAAGUUUUGACUGAUCUUGAUCUUCUUAUUUCUAAGUCGUACAUAUCAUCCGAUGGUGGAUGGUUUAUGGACGUGUUCCACGUGACGGACCAACUCGGAAACAAAAUCACUGACGAAAGCCUCAUACUCUAUAUUCAGCAGGCACUGUGUGCAAGGAGAGGUGAGAUUUCAAAACAGGCGAGAGUAUGCCUACGAAGAGAAGUGACACCGGAACUGAAGGACUUGGCCAUAGAGAUGACCAGCAAGGACCGACCGGGACUCAUGUCCGAAAUAUCAGCGGUCCUUGUGGAGUUGGGCUGCCACAUUACUGCUGCCAUGGCUUGGACCCACAGUGCCCGGGCAGCCGUCAUUUUCUACAUCGAAGACGGGCUGAAAGGAGGGCCAAUUACGGACCCAGUAAGACUUGCGCAUGUAGAGGAGCAGCUGGAGAAUGUGAUUGAGGCCCAUCAUGAGGAGGGUGAGAAGAGGAGCGUAAAGCUGACCACCCCGGCAGGCGGCCACACCCACACGGAGCGGCGGCUACACCAGUUGAUGUAUGCUGAUGACGACUACGAAAGCUGUCGUGGUUGCGACGGAGGUGGUAGUAGUGUACACAAGAGGGGUUGCGAUCGGACACAUGUGAACAUCGAGAGUUGUAAGGAGAAAGGGUAUUGGGUUGUGAACGUGAGAAGCCGAGACCGUCCUAAGCUACUGUUUGACACGGUGUGCGCCCUAACCGACUUGCAGUACGCGGUGUUCCAUGCGGUGGUUUCCUCCAGGGGCACCAUGGCUGAUCAGGAAUAUUUUGUACGGCACAAGGACGGAUACACUUUGAACACAGAGAGUGAAAGACACAAGCUUGCCCUAUGCUUGAUUGCUGCUAUAGAGAGGAGGAUCUCACAGGGAUUGAGGCUGGACCUCUGUGCCAAAAACCGAAUGGGGCUGUUAUCUGACAUCACUAGGGUUCUGAGAGAGUACGGGUUAUCAAUAUCAAGAAUCUCACUUGGAAUACACGGUGAGAAAGCUGUAGGAUCAAUCUAUGUCACAGAUGCUUCAGGACAUGAUAUAAGUCAGAGCACGGUGGAGAUAGUGACAAAAGAGAUUGGAGAAUCCGUAAUCGCAGUUCACAAAUCACAGAAGUGGGCUCUUCAGGGUUCCUCAUCGAGGACGAGCCAGAAGGCAGCCGAAAGAAGAGAAGAAGAAGAAGAAGAAAGACCAAGAUUUUCACUUGGAAGCUUGGUUUGGUCUCAUCUGGAGCGUCUUUCCAGCAGUUUUGGACCCAUAAGGUCAUAAGUUGCUGUUAAUUUCGUGGUACUUUAAUGUGUUGUAUGUGUGGUUGUGCCUGUAAAUAAGUCUGUAAUCAGGGUCUGCAUCGCCACUCCCCUCUUCGUAGCUUGAGCUUAGUUGAUGUUUCAUUGUAAAGCUUUGUCUUAUUCUUUUUUGUGUAUUUACUAGGAAAAAAUGAACCCCAAUCUCCACCCAUGGGGCAUUUAUUGUACAGAUAAGUUUUCGUAAUCGGAUCUUCUCCACAGGUUUUUUUAACA